AUGACAGCAUUGGCUGAGAAUUAUAUUAUCCAAUUCAGUAGACAAAAGCAACAGUCAGGGACUGCUGGAACUCAAGUCAUUGGUUCAAAGGAAGCACUUGAAUCACUUAGUCAAGAUUUAAAUCAUGCUGCUACAGAAAAUUUCUAUUUCGGUGCAAAAUUAGUCCGAGGAGCUUAUAUGGAUCAGGAACGUGCACGUGCUAAAGAAUUAGGUUAUGAAGAUCCAAUUUGUGCAAAUUUCAAUGCUACUACAACUAUGUAUGAAUUAUGUUUAGAAGAAGUAAUGAAAGCGAUUAAACAACGACGUAGAACAACAACAACAACUGGUCAAAUUAGUGUGAUGAUAGCUAGUCAUAAUGAAGAUACAGUGCGUUAUGCUUUAAAAAAAAUGGAUGAAUACAAUGUAUCACCUAAUGAUCGACUUAUUUGUUUUGGUCAAUUGCUUGGUAUGUGUGAUCAGAUUAGUUUUACAUUAAGUCAAGCUGGUUAUUCUGUAUAUAAAUAUGUUCCAUAUGGUCCUGUAGAAGAAGUUCUACCAUAUUUAUCUAGACGUGCUCUAGAAAAUGGUUCCGUAUUAAAUUGUACUCUUAGAGAACGUCAACUAUUAUGGUCUGAAUUGAAACGACGUCUAUGGAAUGGACAAUUUAUUUAUAGACCAUAAAUUUUUCUUUUAAUUAAAAAGUGUUUAUGUGUAAUAAUGUUAAUCUUCUUUCAUUUUUCUACUUUUUCAAAACUUUCUAACUGUACUGUUUCUACUGUAUACUUCAUAAUCAUAUUGUUGUAUAAAGUAAAAAGAAAUGUUUUCAGUCACUAUUUAAUCUCGUCUUCUACUCUCAUUUUCA